GUUUGAAAAUAUGCAGCCGAUGAUAUUUCAAAACUGAUUUCAUCAUCUUCAAAGGAGUUGUUCGUAUUUAAUGAUACUUUCAUUUUUUUAACAAAAUCAAAGUCUCCUUUUUUUCCAUCUAUGACAAGUUUUAAUAAAAAGUUUAAAUUAUUUAGUUUAAACUUUAUGCAUUUGCAGUGUAUUUUUUCUUUUUAAAUAAUGUAGAAUUUCGUGUGUUUAAUAUAUUUAACAUAUUUAUAUUAUACCUUGGGGUGUAUAGUAUGAGAGGAGAGUAAUGAAGUGAGUUGCUGCUGCUGCUGCUGCUCUGCUGCAACCUUUUUAAAACAUUCCUUUCAAAUCAUGGAAACCAGCUCAGUUUCCAAGCUCUUAACUUUCUUCCUCCUGCUUCUGCUUUUGGCCUCUGGGUUGAUCAACUGCACCGUCACCUACGAUAAUAAGGCUAUUCUCAUCAAUGGCCGAAGGAGAAUCCUCAUCUCCGGCUCCAUUCACUACCCAAGGAGCACCCCUCAAAUGUGGGAAGAUCUUAUAAGGAAGGCUAAAGAUGGAGGGCUGGAUGUUAUUGACACUUAUGUUUUCUGGAACGUUCACGAACCUUCCCCUGGCAAUUAUAAUUUUGAGGGAAGAUACGACCUGGUACGAUUCAUUAAGACAGUACAGAAAGUGGGGCUCUCUGCUCAUCUUCGUAUUGGACCUUAUGUCUGUGCAGAGUGGAAUUUUGGAGGAUUGCCAGUUUGGUUGAAGUAUGUCCCUGGUAUCAGCUUUAGAACAAAUAAUGGUCCUUUCAAGGCUGCAAUGCAGGGGUUCACCCAGAAAAUUGUCCAGAUGAUGAAGAAUGAGAGGUUAUUUGCAUCACAAGGUGGUCCCAUAAUCCUCUCUCAGAUUGAGAACGAGUAUGGGCCGGAAAGCAAGGAGCUUGGAGCUGCUGGUCGUGCAUACAUAAAUUGGGCUGCAAAAAUGGCUGUAGGACUGAAUACUGGAGUGCCUUGGGUGAUGUGCAAAGAAGAUGAUGCACCAGACCCUGUGAUAAAUGCUUGUAAUGGUUUCUAUUGUGAUUUUUUCUCUCCUAACAAGCCAUACAAGCCUACAAUGUGGACUGAGGCCUGGACUGGCUGGUUUACAGAGUUUGGUGGCACAGUUCACCAAAGACCAGUUGAGGAUUUGGCAUUUGCAGUUGCGCGUUUCAUACAGAAGGGUGGCUCAUACAUUAACUACUAUAUGUACCAUGGAGGAACAAACUUUGGACGCACAGCUGGAGGCCCAUUCAUUACAACCAGUUAUGACUAUGAUGCUCCAAUUGACGAAUACGGUUUAAUAAAGGAACCUAAAUACGGUCAUCUUAAGGACCUUCACAAGGCUAUUAAGUUAUGUGAACAUGCUUUAGUUUCGUCUGAUCCUACUAUCACUUCAUUGGGAAGCUAUCAACAGGCUCAUGUAUUCUCUCCAAAGAAGGGACAAUGUGCAGCUUUCCUUUCAAAUUACAAUAUGAAAUCGGCUGCUAGGGUGUUAUUUAAUAAUAGGCACUAUGAUCUCCCUCCUUGGUCCAUUAGCAUCCUUCCUGAUUGUAGGCAUGUAGUAUUCAACACUGCAAGAGUUCAUGUUCAAACUUCACGCAUGCAAAUGUUGCCGUCCAGUUCCAAGCUGUACUCAUGGGAGGCUUAUGAUGAAGAUAUCUUAUCGUUAGGGGAAAGAUCAGCAAUGACAGCUGUUGGACUUCUCGAACAGAUAAAUGUCACUAGAGAUUCUAGUGACUACCUGUGGUACAUAACCCAAGUAAGCCUACUAGAUAUCACAGCUUCCUGCUUGAUUGUUCCACACCUUAAAUCUUGGUUUUUCUCAUCUUACAAAAUUAAAUUUAAUGUGGCUAAUUUAUACUCCGAAAUUACAGGGUCAGCAUUUGGGACUCGGGAGAAUAGGAGAUUCACAUUUUCUGGACCAAUCAAUCUACGUGCGGGAACAAAUAAAAUUGCACUUCUCAGCAUAGCUGUCGGUUUGCCAAAUGUUGGUUUGCACUAUGAGAGGUGGGAAACGGGUAUCCUAGGACCAGUUUCGUUGCAUGGACUUGACCAAGGAAAGAAAGACUUGACUUGGCAGAAAUGGUCCUACCAGGUUGGUCUAAAAGGAGAGGCAAUGAAUUUUGCCUUACCAAAUGGAGCCUCGUCUUUUCAAUGGAGCAAAGGCUCACUAGCUACGCAAAGCCAGCAGCCUUUGACAUGGUAUAAGGCUUAUUUUGAUGCACCAAAAGGAGAUGAACCAUUGGCUUUAGAUAUGCGGAGUAUGGGAAAGGGGCAGGCAUGGAUCAAUGGACAGAGCAUAGGGAGAUAUUGGAUGAAUUAUGCAAAGGGUGACUGUCAUUCUUGUAGUUACUCUGGGACAUUCAGGCCUCAAAAGUGUCAAAGUGGAUGUGGGGAACCAACCCAAAGAUGGUAUCAUGUUCCGCGGUCCUGGUUAAAGCCAACAAGAAAUCUGUUGGUACUUUUUGAAGAACUUGGUGGAGAUCCAUCAAAAAUAUCUCUGGUAAAGAGAAUGGUUACUAAUGUAUGCGGUAAUGCCUAUGAAAAUCACCCAGCCAUGUAUGAUUUUAGCAUUGCAUACCACAAUGAAUCAGUCAGAAUUCCCCAGUCAACAUUUAGUCUGAGCUGUGCACCAGGGCACUCAAUAUCAUUGAUUAAAUUUGCAAGUUUUGGAACUCCAUCUGGAACUUGUGGGGGUUUUCACAGGGGGGCAUGCCAUGCGCCUAACUCCCAUGCCAUUGUUGAGAAGGCAUGUCCAGAACCAUAAACUCCAUGCUUUUUCUUU